CUGAUAAAAACUUGUCAAACAAUAUGGAAUUAAUUUCUAGGAAAUUUGAUAUAUGUUGCGUUUUUAUAGUUGCCUUAGUGAGUGGAACUACUGGUCAGAAUGUACCGGAGAAACCUACAGCUGCGCCACAAAUUACUCGAGAAGUUCGGGACCUGUUCGUGGUUGAAAAACUAGUUGUCAGUUUUGUUUGUAAAGCUUCUGGAAAUCCACAGCCUACAUUUCAUUGGGAAAAAGAUGGGAAAAAGUUGAACACAAGGACGAACAGAUUCAACGUAUUUGACAUGCCGUAUGGUAGCGUGUUGAGAAUGGAGACCGUGCGGAAUAGUGACAGUGGUAGUACCUUUACCUGUGUGGCUGAGAAUGGUGUGGGGGAUCCAGCGAAGAGUACUGGGCUUCUGAAGGUUUACAGGGAAUACGAACUUCCAGUAGGAUAUCCCAAAAUUAUUGUUAACCCAAAGCUGAAAUCUGUUGAGAAAGAGAAACCUGCCAUCAUGCAGUGUCAAGCUGAUGCUAAUGGACACAAGUUUGAUAUCGAGUGGUUCAAAAAUGGCAUCCCUGUAGAUCUGGGUGACAACAAACGGCUUACAAUCACAGAAACAGGCUCUUUGCGGAUAGCCAAGGCCUUAAAGUCAGAUUAUGGAAAGUAUGAAUGUGUAGCUAGCAAUGAAUAUGGAGUGGCAUACUCUUAUGCUGCUAUGUUAUACGUCAAAGUACGUAGAGUUCCCCCACGAUUUACCCACCCUCCAAAGAGAGUGGAGGUGGACCCCAACGGAAGUGUCAAUCUGACCUGUGUGGCUGUCGGAUCCCCUAUGCCACAUGUCAUGUGGCGAGAUGGUGCCACAGAACUCGGGAAGCCUGUCAUAGGAAAGAAUGUCCUCCAACUUAAAAAUGUCACGGAGAGCAAGAACUACACGUGUGUGGCAUCCUCUGACUUAGGGACCAUCAAACAUGUCGAGGAGGUCAUAGUUAAAGAACCCAGUUUUACCAGAUGAAACGAAUAAGAACGGAAUAUAUUGCUUCAAGAGAAUUGGUUGAAAAGUUGUGAGAAAAAUGAG